AUGAAGAGGGACAAGAAAGACGAAGAGUCCAGCGGCAAUCCAUUCGCUCAUCUCGAUAAAACAUCGGUUCUUCAAGAGGCUCGCGCUUUCAACGAAACACCGAUAAACGCGAGAAAAUGCAGUAUUAUUCUCACGAAGCUCUUGUACCUGAUUCAGCAAGGUGAAACCAUUGGGCGUACUGAAGCAACAGAAGCCUUCUUCGCCGUUACGAAGCUGUGGCAGAGCAAAGAUGCUAAUCUGCGUCGUCUUGUCUACCUGGCUGUGAAAGACCUUUCCGGCAUAGCUGAUGACGUCAUUAUUGUUACCAGUAGUCUUACUAAAGACAUGACGGGGCGUGAGGAUGUAUACCGUGCAGCAGCUAUUCGAGCAUUGUGCAGAAUCACGGACACUGGAAUGCUACAGACGAUUGAGCGGUACAUGAAACAGGCCAUUGUCGACAAAAAUGGUGCUGUAGCUUCGGCAGCGCUUGUUUCAUCGAAGCAUUUGAUGAAGAAGAGUGCUGAGGUUGUGCGUCGCUGGGCAAACGAAGUGCAGGAAGCGGUCUCCUCGGACAACCAAAUGGUGCAGUACCACGCUCUUGGUUUACUGUAUCAUAUCCGAAGUAACGAUAGGCUAGCCGUUAAUAAAUUGGUGCAGAAGUUCAGCAAGACAGGACUGAGAUCACCACAUGCAGUCUGUUACCUUAUUCGUAUCGCUGCAAGACUUAUUGAGGAGGAUGAGCAGGCGGACUCUUCAAUUUUCUCCUUCAUCGAAGCUUGCUUACGUCACAAGAGCGAAAUGGUGGUGUACGAAGCGGCGAGUGCAAUUGUUGCUCUCCCUAACACAACUCCAGCUGAGCUCGCUCCUGCCAUCUCUGUCCUGCAGCUGUUCUGCUCUUCUCCCAAAGCAGCGUUGCGUUUUGCUGCUGUUCGUACACUUAACAAGGUCUCAAUGAAACAUCCAAAUGCCGUGAUGAGUUGUAACGUUGAUCUCGAAAAGCUGAUCACUGACUCGAACAGCGACUUGGUACCCUUCUCACAUGUAUGUUCCAGAUCGAUUGCCACACUUGCAAUUACCACUCUUCUCAAAACAGGUGCAGAAAGCAGUGUUGAACGUUUGAUGAAACAAAUCAGCUCAUUCGUGUCGGAAAUCAGUGAUGAAUUCAAGAUCGUAGUUGUGGAUGCGAUUCGCUCAUUGUGUAGCCGUUACCCUCGAAAGCAUGCGGUGAUGAUGCCUUUUUUGGCUAAUAUGCUAAGAAACGACGGUGGUUAUGAGUACAAGAAGGCAAUCGUGGAAACAAUCAUAGCCAUUGUCGAGGAGAAUCCUGAUGCAAAGACAGCUGGUCUCGCUCAUCUGUGCGAGUUCAUAGAAGACUGUGAACACGACAGCCUAGCUACACGUGUACUGCACCUGCUGGGCAGAGAAGCACCGAAAACGCCGAAUCCCUCGAGCUACAUCAGAUUUAUUUAUAAUCGUGUUAUUUUGGAAAGUACUAAGGUUCGUGCAGCGGCGUAA